AUGCAGCUCAUUCCCGAAGUUGUGGAAGAACGAGACAAGCUCCCCGGUGGUGCGCGGCGUCCGCCUGGUGAGGCAGGUGAGGUAGGAGGCCAAUCUCAGCAGGGGAUCAUCGCCGCCGCAGGUGGGAGUGAGGAUGUCGUUGAGUAUGUUGCCAGUUUGCUGAGAUGCAGGCAAAUCCUCCCUCUUGAAUCCCAUGUUGACACGGCUCUUGAGGCAGAUGUUGCGGGGGUCGAAGGGAUGAGUCUUGAACUUGGAAUCCGAGGCGUCAGUCAGGAAGGCCUGGAGGGGGGACGGAGUCUUGGCAUCUUGGCCAUAUUCACAAUCCUGCCAUCCACCCUCAGAUGCCUUCCUAGAACACUGCGCCUUUAG